GAUUUAUCCUCAAAGAAGGAUCCAGCGGGGAUAUUUGAACUAGUGCAAGUGGUUGGAAAUGGUACCUAUGGACAAGUCUAUAAGGGUCGCCAUGUGAAGACUGGACAGUUAGCAGCCGUCAAAGUCAUGAGUGUUUCAGAGGAUGAAGAAGAGGAAAUCAAAAUGGAAAUCAACAUGCUUAAGAAAUAUUCUCAUCAUAGGAACAUUGCUACCUACUAUGGCGCAUUCAUAAAGAAGAAUCUUUCUGGCCAUGAUGAUCAGCUCUGGCUGGUGAUGGAGUACUGUGGAGCAGGCUCAGUGACAGAUUUAGUGAAGAAGACCAAAGGUAACUCCUUUAAAGAAGACUGGAUUUCUUACAUCUGCCGUGAGGUCCUACGGGGCCUUUCCCAUCUUCAUAUGCACCACGUCAUUCACCGGGACAUCAAAGGACAAAAUGUCCUCCUGACCGAAAAUGCUGAAGUAAAACUGGUGGAUUUUGGAGUGAGUGCCCAGCUGGACCGGACCGCUGGCAGAAGAAACACCUUCAUUGGGACGCCAUAUUGGAUGGCACCAGAGGUGAUUGCAUGCGAUGAAAACCCUGACUCGACCUACGAUUACAGAAGUGACUUGUGGUCCCUUGGAAUCACCGCCAUGGAGAUGGCCGAGGGCGCUCCGCCCCUCUGUGACAUGCAUCCCAUGAGAGCUCUUUUCCUCAUCCCCCGGAAUCCUCCUCCCAAACUGAAAUCCCGAAAAUGGUCUAAGAAGUUCCUCAACUUUAUCGAAAAUUGCUUGGUUAAAAAUUACAUACACCGUCCCUCCACUGAGGUUCUGUUGAGACAUUCAUUCAUUCAAGAUUUGCCAAAUGAACGACAAGUUCGGAUCAUGCUCAAAGACCAUCUGGAUCGGGCCAAGAAAAAGAAAGGCGAUAAAGAUGAAACUGAAUAUGAAUACAGUGGAAGUGAAGGUGAAGAGGAAGAGGAGGAGGAGGAGGAGUUAAAUGAAGACCAAGGAGAGCCCAGCUCCAUAGUUAAUCUUCCUGGUGAAUCCACCCUGCGACGAGAGUUUCUCAGGCUGCAGCAGGAAAACAAGAAAAACCCAUUUUCAAAGCAGCAACAACUGAGGCGAGAACAGCAGCAGCAGCAGCUGCUAUGGCAACGUUUAGAGCAGGAGCACCAGGAUCUGCUGCGAAAGCAGCAAAAUCUGCAGCAGGAUCAGCAAAAUCGGCGGCAGAAGCAACAAGAUCCGCAGCAGGGGCAACAAGAUCUGAAGCAGGAGGAGCAAGAUGUGCAACAGGGGCAGCAAAAUCUGCAGCAGAAGCAACAAGAUCCACAGCAGGGGCAGCAAGAUCCGCAGCAGGGGCAGCAAAUUCUGCAGCAGAAGCAACAAGAUCCACAGCAGGGGCAGCAAGAUCCGCAGCAGGGGCAGCAAAUUCUGCAGCAGAAGCAACAAGAUCCACAGCAGGGGCAGCAAGAUCCGCAGCAGGGGCAGCAAAUUCUGCAGCAGAAGCAACAAGAUCCACAGCAGGGGCAGCAAAAUCUGCAGCAGAAGCAACAAGAUCCGCAGCAGGGGCAGCAAAUUCUGCAGCAGAAGCAACAAGAGCCACAGCAGGGGCAGCAAAUUCUGCAGCAGAAGCAACAAGAUCCACAGCAGGGGCAGCAAAAUCUGCAGCAGAAGCAACAAGAUCCACAGCAGGGGCAGCAAAAUCUGCAGCAGAAGCAACAAGAUCCACAGCAGGGGCAGCAAGAUCCGCAGCAGGGGCAACAAGAUCUGCAGCAGGAGAAACAAGCACCUGAGCUACUGCCAAAGUUGCAAAUACUGCAGCAGGAGGAGCAAGAUGUGCAACAGGGGCAGCAAAAUCUGCAGCAGAAGCAACAAGAUCUACAGCAGGGGCAGCAAGAUCCACAGCAGGGGCAGCAAAAUCUACAGAUGGAGAAACAAGCACCACAAUUACCGCCAAAGCCUCAGAAACAACCUCAGGUACUGCCAAAGCUGCAACUACCACAGCAAUUAGAGCAUCACCAGGAGCAGCAGCCUCCAAGGCAGGAGCAGCAGCCGCCUCCAAGGCAGGAGCAGCAGCAGCCUCCGAGGCCGGGACAGCAGCCUCCGAAGCAGGAGCAGCAGCCUCCAAGGCAGGAGCAGCAGCCUCCAAUGCCUCCAAAGCAGGAGCAGCAGCCUCCGAAGCAGGGACAGCAGCCUCCAAAGCAGGGACAGCAGCUGCCAAAGCAGGGACAGCAGCCUCCAAAGCAGGGACAGCAGUUGCCAAAGCAGGCAGCCCGUCACCAGGGACAGCAGCCACAACAGUCUCCAGAUCAUCACUGGCUGCAUUUUCCCCCAAAGCCCAACCAUCACCAUACACAGCUGCUACCAAAGCAUAUAGCCUAUUACCAGAUACAUCAUGGGCUACAGUUGACAGGCCAUCACCACACACAACUGCUGUCGAAGCAGAUAGCCCAUUACCAGCUGCAGCAACCACCAAGGGUGUCAGUCCAUUACCAGGCACAGCAUCCACCCAAGGUGCUAGUCCAUCACCAGAUGCAACAACCAAAGGUGCCUCCCCAUCACCAGGCACAGCAGCCACCAAAGGUGCCGCCCCAUCUCCAGGCACAGCAGCCACCAAAGGUGGUACUCCACCAUGUGCAGCAGCAACCAAAGGUAUCAGUUCAUCACCAGGUACAGCAGCCACCAAAGCUGCCAGCCUAUCACCAACAAGCACAGCUGCCAACCUAUCACCAGGCAAAGCAACCAGCUCAGCAGCUGGCCCAUCGUCAGUUGAAGCAGCCUCCUCAUCCUUUGUCACCAUACCACCAGCCUCAGCAACCAGCCCAGCAGCUUCCACAGCAGCUGGCCCAUAACCAGAUGAAACAGCGUCCACAGCAGCCUGUUCACCACCAGACACUACUGCAACCAAAGCAGCAGCAGCAGCAACUCAAAGACCAGGAUAAGACCCAGGAUCCAGUCCUGACUGAGUGGCAGAAAUGCAAGGAGCAGCAGAAUGAGCAGAGGAAACCUGAGGAUGUGAACAUUAAGACAAAGAAAUCUGAGGGUGUCCAGACACCUUUGAGCUGGACCCUUGCCCACGACUCUCUUCCCCAUACUCGAGUGAUAUCUGGCAGUAGGUCUAGUCCUUGUACACCAGCUUUGCAGAGGACAGGAACGACAAAGGUCCCAGAAAGAACGACCUCAAGAUUCCGCAGCAAGGAUAUCAUCAACCAGGCCCGCCGCCAUCCAAUACUUCUCCAAUUCACACCUCCUUCCAGCCCUUCACGACGCAUCUUUGGCUCCUGCGAAGAAAAAUCUGAAUUUCGUCGGAAUUCGAGGAAAGCCUCUGUUGUCAACGUCAAUCCCAUCAACGCCCGCCCACAGAGUGACAGCCCUGAAAUCCGCAAGUACAAAAAGAAGUUCAGCUCGGAGGUGCUCUGUGCAGCUUUGUGGGGUGUCAAUCUGCUGGUAGGAACAGAAAGUGGGCUGUGGCUGCUGGACCGCAGCGGCCAGGGAAGAGUUUACUCUCUGAUAAGUAGACGCCGAUUUCAGCAAAUCGACGUCCUGGAAGGGCUCAAUGUGCUGAUCACCAUUUCAGGAAAGAAGAAUAAGCUGCGAGUGUACUAUUUGUCCUGGCUGAGAAACAAGAUUUUGCGUAACGACCCUGAGAUGAGAAAGAAGCAAGGUUGGAUCUCUGUGGGAGACUUGGAAGGCUGCGUGCACUACAAAAUCGUUAAAUAUGAGAGGAUCAAAUUUCUCGUUGUCGCUUUGAGGAAUUCAGUUGAGGUCUAUGCAUGGGCACCGAAACCGUACCACAAGUUUAUGGCCUUUAAGUCAUUCCACUCCCUUUAUCAGAAGCCUCUGGCAGUUGACCUUACAGUGGAAAAUGGACAGAGACUGAAAGUGAUCUACAGCUCAGUAGCAGGAUUCCAUGCCAUCGAUGUUGAUUCUGGGAUGGUUUAUGACCUAUACCUACCGACUCAUAUCCAGGGGAGCAUUCAGCCACAUACUAUCAUCAUCCUGCCCAAUACCAGUGGCACAGAACUUCUGCUAACCUAUGAAGAUGAAGGCGUCUAUGUUGACAUAUAUGGACAUUUCACUAAGGAAUCAAUUUUGCAGUGGGGAGAAACGCCAGCAUGUGUGGCCUAUCUCCAGUCAAACCAGAUCAUGGGCUGGGGAGAGAGAGCAAUUGAGCUACGCUCUGUAGAAGCUGGAAACCUGGAAGGAGUGUUUAUGCACAAGAAAUCCCACAAGCUCAAAUUUCUGUGUGAACGAAAUGACAAGGUAUUCUUUGCCUCUGUCCAAUCUGGCACCAGUCAGAUUUACUUUAUGACCCUUGGGCAAAAUAUGCUCUUCAACUGGUAAACGCCGGAAGAAAUGGUUGGAUAUUUCCAGGGAUUG